AUGGAGAGCAAAACACAGGAGGCUUACCAAAAAGUUAUAAAUCAUUUUAAAACCAUUUUUCCAAACAUUCAACCGUCAGUCAUAAUGACUGAUUUUGAAAUUGGAUUGAAAAAUGCAUUUUCAAAUUUGUAUCCCAAUGCUACUUUACUUUCGUGUUGGUUCCAUUUUGUACAGAGCUUAUGGAAAAAUAUUAAAAGAUUAAGGUACACAGAAUACAUAAAAAACAACGAGACUGCCAAAAUGUGUAUUAAAAUGGUUAUGGUAAUUGCAUUGCUUCCCAUAAAUGAAAUAGAAUUGGGAUUUCAAGAUAUUACAAACCAUGCUAGAUUAAAUAAUGUUGACCUGACAAGAUUUUUCAACUAUUUUACCAAUCAUUGGCUGAUUCGAACUGGACCAAACUCAUUUUCUGUAUACAAUCAACCUAGACGCAUAAACAAUAAUAUAGAAAGUUUUCACGGAAGGAUGAAAGAUAAACUUCAAGUGUGUCAUCCAAAUUUAUGGAAAAUGCUAGGUCAUCUGAGUGAUUGUAGUUAA